AUUACGAUGAAGAACUUCUUACUCGCAUUUCUGUUGGUCGGUUCGGCAUGUGCUGCGCCUAAAACCUUAAGACCUGAGUCUCGAAUCAUUGGUGGUGAAGAGACCACUGCGUUGCAAUUGACACCAUAUCUGGUUUCGCUUAGUGUGUCGUCCAUUGCAUAUGGACAUGUUUGCGCUGGUGCCAUAAUCGGCAGGGAAUGGGUGCUGACAGCUGCACAUUGUUUGAGCGAAUUGAAUAAUUUAAAUGGCGAUGCAAUCGGGCUACCAAUUUACGCCGGCAUACAGGAUCGCUCCGAUAUAGAGAACGCACAAAUUCGCAACAUUGAUUUUUACUUCAAUCACAAGCAAUUCAAUGCAAGUGACGUAAGUUCUCCAGACAUUGCGCUCCUACACGUCUCGCAGCCUUUCGAAUUCAAUAGCAAUGUGUAUUCAAUUAUUUUGCCAUACCAAGGAGAAGCAUACACUAAUAAGACCUCCCAUACAUAUGGUUGGGGUUUGACAGAUGCUGAUGCACAGGAGUACGAGAAAAAAUUGCAGUUUUCUCAGAGCGAAGUGCUAUCUGAUAACGGGUGUCGUGAGGAAUUACCAGUAGAUACACCAUUGGGAACCAAUCAGAUUUGCGCUAAGACAUCGGCUUGCUUUGGAGAUGGUGGCAGUCCAUUGGUGUACGAAACCACGGGUGGAGCUGAGCUAGUCGGCAUAACUUCAUGGGGAUACUUGCCAUGUGGAUACAAUGGACGUCCAACAAUUUACACUGAGGUCUCGCGCUAUAUUAGUUGGAUUACAGAAGUUCAAUGGGCAUACUACAUAUUGCAUUAA